UAUAUCUCAGCCAUAUGAACCUGUAUCUUCUCACCUGUGCACUCAACUCCCCUCGUCAUACAAGGCCAACUUUGCAGUGCACGAUUCGAGUCUCAGUCGGAGAACCCCAGCAGCCUAGAGCGAGGUUUUAGCGGCGCCCAAAGACCCGGAGAAGAAACCCGGACAGAGCAACACCCUCACUACAGUAUCGCAUAGUGUCGUGCAUGACCACGAAUUUGCGCUUCUUUGCGCCAUCUUGAUACACGCGGUAUCAACUCUGCGCCAUGGCGGAGUUGGACUCGCUCAUUGACUCGUUGAUUCAACAACGCAAAGCUCCAGAAGUAUCCUACAUCGACGACAAAUAUGCCGAAAAACUCAAGAUCGAAGAACUACCCUCGAAAGGUCAAGGCGCAUUUGCCAAACAGACUCUGUCCGUGAACAAUCCGAUAUGCUCACUCGGAUGCCCGCCCAUGAUGGCGCUUGACUCAGACUAUCUUCCAACAACCUGCUACCACUGCCUCGUUGUCACCGCGACGCAAUUACCCCUCGUGCAACAUGGACUCUCACCCAUCGGGCUCAAGGACUGCGGUGGCUGUCGCUCUGCUCGAUUCUGCAGCAGGGAAUGCCAAGUCGAGGCCUGGCACGCUUACCACAAAUUCGAGUGCAAGAUCUUCAAGAAAUUGCGCAGUGAACAACUACCACCUGCCAUUCUCCGGGCCGUGCUACGAAUAGUGCUCCUCAAAGAUCGGGAUAACCUGCCCGACGACGAAUGGAACCGCAUAACAUCAUUGAUUUCCCACGAACAGAUCCUCGCCGGACGAGGGCGGUCCAACCUCACCGAAAUGGCCGAGGGCAUCAAACAUCUCGCCGAGUCGAGCAUGAGCGUCGAAGCGAUCCAGAGGCUCAUUUUCAUCAUGAAGUCCAACGCGAUUGAACUGCCUUCGACGAUCCACGGAGGCAUAGGCGUCAUGGUCGAUCCUCUCGUGGCCAAGAUCAACCAUAGCUGCACACCGAACCUGUCCAUCCACAGACCCCAACAUACCAUGACCAGCAGGUGGAUGAAAUCCGCGCAGCUCUCGGAGGACGAAAGAGGCACGUUCAUGCAACUCAUCCCACUGCGGGACAUCCAGGAAGGCGAGGAGCUGUUGCUCUGCUACGUUGCGCCCACCUUGUCCGCGAGCGCCAGAAGAGCGAAAUUGAUGGAUGACUAUCUCUUCAAAUGCGAGUGCCCGCGAUGUCUCUCGGAUAUGAAAGCCGCCACAGAUCUGGCAAACGAACAGCCCGCUCUACCGGCCCAGUUCGAGCAAUGGACGAAAGAUGUUGGGCGCAAUCUCUCGCGUGUGGAGCGUGAUCCCUCUGCCCUGGCAAGAGCUGCGGCUAGUAUGGACAAGUCGGAGCGUUUCCUCGAGUAUCCCACCCUCUACACGACAGGUGAUUUCCCCGAGAUGGCAAUGGCGAUCAUUCUACUUGGCCUGAAGAAUCAAGCCUUCGACGAAGCUCUGGUCAAUGUGCUUCGGUUAUACUUCCUUGUCAACCCAGCGCGCUUUGCCGGUCGACAUAAUCCGACAAACAUCUACACCAUUUCACUCAUGCUCGACAUAUUCGAUGCACUCCUGGGACUUUCGACGCCGCCAGGUGUCACCGACGACAAGAGGGAAAAGUGGUUGCGCAACCUUUCGGACCGCGGCCUGAGCAGGAGCGGUUUAAUCUACUGGAGAGCCAGAAUUUGCGCGGAUCUGAGGAGACGACUGGAACAAAGCGCAAUGAAGGAUCUGGUUGUCCUAGUAGAGGAGCGAGAAGCCCGGGCAAACAGCCUCACUGCCCGGGAUCAGAAUACGAAAGGAGUGGAGUCAAGGCAAAGUGCGGAACAGGAGAUGAGAACGGUCUUGAAGCUGAAAGAGCCAAGAUGGAAUACUGUCCUGCAAGAGAAUGGGUGCUGAUAUUCCUCGCUGUCAAGAGUCGACGUCUCGUUCCAAUAUCCGCAGAGUCCAGCUCCAUAGGAGACAAACAGAUCUCAGAUCCAGAUGCCUGUAGCAGCACACUCAAACAGCAGCCCCUCUCCUCCAGUCUGCAAACCGUUAUCUGCAAAAUCAUCAGGUGGGGUUCACCAUUGUUCUCAUGAGCAGGAAAUGAUCUGUAACGUGGGGUAACAUGUCGUCGUAGGCUCUCUGCGUGAGCCUCUGUUCUCUUUUGAGGGUGUUCUCUUCUUUGUCGACGUCCUUCAUCAGACAUUUGUAGAUGUCUUUGCCCUUUCGAG